AUGGAUUCACGUUUCCCACUGGGACAACUGGAUCGCAGUGUCGAAUCGACUGUAAAGCGCCUUGACCAAAUGCUAGUGCAAUUGGAUGGCUAUCGUCCUUUGUUGGAGCAAAACGUGACUUGUGCUGAAUUCGACAUUCGGGCAACAUUCGACAGUCUAAUUUGUGCUCUUGGACAGCGACAAAUGCAACUGCUCAAACAAUUGGAUAAAAUUGCGAAGGAAAAGACCAUCGUAAUUGAAAAUCAAAGACAAAUGAUCGAAAAUUUGCGCGCAAAUAUUGUCGCUUGCAUGUCCAAUCGCAAUAAAAACAUUGGACAAAUACAGGAAUACCUAUCCCGAGCAGAGUCAGCUAUUCUGAAUUCCAGCUCAGCGCCGUUUGUCUCGUUUCGCACAGAAAAGUCUGUAAUGCAUCAAACUGUCAGCAGUUAUGGACGAAUAAUAUCUCAAUAUUGUGGUCAUUUUGCCGAUCCUAGCCAGCCUUCAUCUUGUCUUCCUCGAGCCUUAGAAGAAGAAGAUGAAAAUGACGAGUCUGUCGAUUGUGGUUAUCGUGCUCAGUCCAUGGUUUUCAACCGUAUUCAUGCACCGUCUUCCCACAUAAAACCAGACUUGCUUCAGUGGUUAUCCGAGGAGCAUAGUUUUGAUAACCAAAACCGCGGUCAAUCAGAGCAAAAGAUGGGUUUCUCCGCCUUAUCUGGUUUGCCACUACUUCACUCGGGUUUGGAAUCUCAAAGUUCGACACCUUCACACAUGGCAAAAUCAGUUGGUUGUCAUCCGAACAACCAGACAGUCAUGUCGUUUCCUUUUCGAUCUUGUGAUCCGCUACUGAUGCGUCAUUGGUUGGACACAAAUCCGGCAUUGAAAGAAUUAAACAAAUCUAAAGAAUCAACCUGCAGAAAAUUUUCGCAAACUACCAGCCUUGGCAGUUCUGACGGCACAGGUGCAACUGAUUCAGAGAGUUUUGUGGCGUUGACUGGUUCCACAAUCGGUCGUUUGGGCAGUUUCAAAGAUUGGAUGUGCUUUGACCCGUUGGAACUUUGUGAAAUCCCCGGCCUCUCCGCUUCUGACCAGUCGCGUUCUGUUGUGGCACCACCGAGUCAAACUCCUUCGGAUUGGCUUAUCUGGUUGACUCCUGCCUCUGCUGAACAUGUGCCUGAUGACCGACUGACCACUAACUCGAUAAAUCAUCGUCAGAAAGAUGACUCCCGACCAGCGUCGCUGUUGCCAACUCAUCUGACCCAGUCAGGAGUCUUGGAUGUGGAUCGAUGGAUAGCCAAGUCUAAUCAGUCAGAACCGACACAAGAUGGUACGCCUUGUCCAAUGUUGGCUGCCGAUCGUGAACCCACGAACGAGGUGGCUGUUCCCUCGGAAACACCGUCGAUGGUAAAGAAAUGUUUCUAUUCAUCCGUGUUUACAACUUAG